AUGGCUCGUCGCGGACCACCUAUGACUGCACCGCACCCCACUCCUUCUGGUCCUCGAGCGUCCUUCACCCCUCCGGUGCCUGGAGGAAACUUUCGUCAUCCCGGAUCCCGACAGAAUAGUACUGCUCCUGUAGUAUCCUCCUCGCCCGUGUCUAAACCUCCAAAUCACCUGGUCGGACUGUAUACUCUGAUCCCAGGUGGCCGGACUCUACCAUCGGCAUUGGAUGGGGCAACGGAGAAACGUCUAUCCCAACUUGAGUCUGACCAAGAAAAACUACUUGAGCAGAUGGCCGAGUCCCAACGAUUGAAGCGCGCAGGACUCCGUGAUUGGGAUCGGCUGGAUCAUGAAAGCUCCAUCUGUGCGCUCAAGAGCGAUUUGGCCGAAGGACACUUACAACGUAUGGCAGACGAGGCCAUUGGAGGUGGCAUCCCGUUCUGA